UUUCUCUCCCAAGAACAACUCGAGGACGACAAAUUGCACAGUAACGGAGGACUUGGCAGCACUCAGCCUAAGCAGGACUGGUCCAUUCAGUGGCCGACGUCUGAGUCGGGGAAAGAGAACACCCCAGCCGGUACCCCGGACCCUGGGCAGUGGGUGCGACUGCAGCUCUCGCAGAGCCCGAAGCCGCAGUCGCGCUACACCCAUGCCCUAUGCCACAGCCCUCAGGCCCUGGCUCCUCCCACUUUUUACCCGCAGCCCGAGCGGCUGUGCGUGGACAUGUACUCGGGCCUGACGCCGGCGGGCAUGCUGGAUGUAGGCCACCGCUCUCUACCCCCGUCCCCCAGACAGAGGCACUUUCCUCACACUCCCCCGCGCACUCCGCUGGUGGUGAACACCAUGACGCCACCGGGCACACCACCACUGCGCCGAAGAAAUAAAGUGAAGGCACCAGGCACACCGCCACCCGCCAACCGCAAACUCAUCCACCUGCUGCCCGGCUUCAGCGCCCUGCACCGCAGCAAAUCACAUGAGUUCCAGUUGGGGAACCGAGUUGAUGACGCACACACGCCCAGAGCCAAGAAGAAAGCCAAGCCUCUGAACCUGAAGAUCCACAACAGCGUAGCAGGGAGUUGUGAGAACCUGCCGACUCAGAGAUCGCCUCUCCACUCGGAUCACUCUCUCCGCUCGUUUUUCUUCCCGAGCCUCGUGCCCUCCACGCCGCCCGUGCAUGCGGAGACGCCCUCUGCCAACACUCUGUCAGUUCCUCGCUGGUCCCCACAGAUCCCUCGCAGAGACUUGGGCAACUCUAUUAAACACAGAUUUUCCACCAAAUACUGGAUGUCCCAGACCUGUAUCGUCUGCGGGAAAGGAAUGUUAUUCGGCUUGAAGUGCAAAACUUGCAAGUUGAAGUGCCACAAUAAAUGUACCAAAGAAGCUCCUCCUUGCCAUUUGCUUAUUUACCAUCGAGGAGGUAGGAACUCGUUCAAAGAUCAAGGAACAUCUCAAGCUCGUCAGCUCGUCAGGACCGAGUCGGUGCCGUGUGACAUAAACAACCCGCUCAGGUACACAGACCUGCACAUCAGCCAGACGCUGCCCAAAACCAACAAAAUCAACAAGGACCACAUCCCUGUGCCGUACCAGCCCGACUCCAGCAGUAACCCCUCAUCCACCACCUCCUCAACCCCAUCAUCACCAGCUCCGCCCCUUCCUCCCAGUGCGACUCCUCCCUCUCCACUUCACCCAUCCCCUCAGAGCGCCCGACAGCCCAAACAGCCCAACCUAACAGCAUCUCAUUACUACAAAUACAAGCAGCAGUUCAUCUUCCCUGAUGUGACUCCAGAGGUUCCUAACAGAGCUCCUCAAGUUAUCCUCCAUCCUGUGCUGUCAGAGCCUGGUAACAAUGGCAAUCCUCUGCUGCAGAUCGAAGUGGAACCUACUUCAGAUAACGAAGACGGGAACCACGAAGCCGAGGAUUCGGCCGACGAGUUCGAGGAGAUGAACCUGUCGUUGCUGUCGGCGCGUAACUUCCCGCGCAAGGCGAGCCAGACCAGCAUCUUCCUGCAGGAAUGGGACAUCCCUCUGGAGCAGCUGGAGAUCGGUGAACUGAUCGGGAAGGGCCGCUUCGGGCAGGUCUACCACGGGCGCUGGCACGGCGAGGUGGCCAUCCGUCUCAUCGACAUCGAGAGAGACAACGAGGAUCAGCUCAAGGCCUUCAAGCGGGAGGUGAUGGCAUACAGGAACACACGCCAUGAGAACGUCGUGCUUUUCAUGGGGGCGUGCAUGAGCCCGCCUCACCUGGCCAUCAUCACCAGUCUGUGUAAAGGGAGGACUCUGUACGCUGUAAUAAGAGAUGCAAAAGUCAUCCUGGACGUCAACAAGACCAGACAAAUCGCACAGGAGAUGGUUAAGGGCAUGGGCUAUCUGCAUGCCAAAGGCAUUCUUCACAAGGACAUGAAGUCGAAGAACGUCUUCUACGACAACGGGAAAGUGGUCAUCACCGAUUUCGGACUCUUCACCAUAUCCGGCGUCUUACAGGCAGGGAGUAGGAGAGAGGAUAAGCUGCGGAUCCCGAGCGGCUGGCUCUGCCAUCUUGCUCCAGAGAUCAUCCGCCAGCUCUCUCCGGAGACAGCCGAAGAUCAGCUCCCCUUCUCCAAACAGUCGGACGUCUUUGCCUUCGGGACCAUCUGGUACGAGCUGCAUGCACGGGAGUGGCCUUUCAAGAACCAGCCGGCUGAGGUGAUCAUAUGGCAGGUGGGCAGCGGGAUGAGACCUAACCUCACUCAGAUCGGCAUGGGCAAAGAGAUAUCGGACAUCCUGCUGUUCUGCUGGGCUCACGAGCCUGAGGAGAGACCCAGCUUCUCCAAAUUGAUGGAGCUGCUAGAGAAACUGCCCAAGCGCAACCGCCGCCUCUCGCACCCCGGACACUUCUGGAAAUCAGCUGAGUAUGUAAAAUGAGCCAGGUUCCUAAAAGAAAAAAAAAAAAAAGUCCUGGAGAUUGAGUUUAUUGGCAUGCGGCAUUAUGGGAAAACUGUGCACUGGGGCAGAACGGCUUUGUACGGAUUGUACGUCUUUGGCAUCACGUUCUUCUGUUUAUCGUUUGAUCAUGUAUGGACGACGGACGAUUCCUUUAUUAUUUAUUGUUUAGUUAUUAUUGUUUAGUUUUUUUUUUUUUGUUGUUGUUUUUUUAAAUUUUGUUUUCCUUCCUAAUCUGUUAAAUCUGUUUGUGUUCUGAACUUUUUCGAUUUAUCCACGCUUAAUUUUUGUCAAUGUUAUCUUUUCCAAUGCACUUCUGUUCAGUCACAUGGCCAUGUCAGUGUGUUUGACGAUGCGUUUUUAUGAACAAAUGCAAACUGUUUUUUUUUUUGUUGUUGUUGUUGUUUUAUUUUUAUCCCUCCUGUGCGUCGUGCGUCUGUAAAUUUUCUUUUCUUUUCUUGAGGACGUGUAGUCAUGGAGUGAUUGUAUUUAUUUUGUGAAUUGAAAUAUUGUUUAUUUAAUUAAUUAUUUAUUUAUUUACUUUAAGUCCGAUCACUUGCAUCCGUUAUGUGUGUUGUGUAUAAGUGUGUGUGUGUGUGGAUUUAUAUGCAUGUUUUUUAUAACUUGGUGUCCCCACAAAGACAGGAAUAUCCGAGUUUGUCGAUUUUGUUUUAUUUAGAACAAAAAAGCACUACUUUGAUUUGAAAAAUAUUUCUUGUUGGUUUUCGAAUAAUUGGUUGAAAAAAUUUUUUUAACUAGUGUUCGUGAGCUGCGUUAAUAAUUAAGUCAGCGGAUGGUCCUUACAAGGAUGGUCUGACAAAGUGACGUGUGUGUGUGUGUGUUGACAUUCACGUGGCCGUUUCACGUCACAAAGCUUUGAAGGUGCACAUGUAUCCUUAAUUAAAAAAUAUAAAUAAAUAAAUAAAUAAAUAUAUAAAUAAAUAAACAAACUAACUAACUAACUAGAAAGGGGAACUGAUAGUUGUGUAAAUGUAAAAAAUGCCAUCUUUGCGUUCAGAAAACGUUUUCAUGAUUGUACACACCGAUUACAGACGCUUGAAUUGUAUAAUAUCCAACCGUGAAGACGUGAGAACGUGUCGGGGGUUAAAACGCUGUUCCCGAGCCUGUAAGAAUGAGAGAGAGCUCUGACCGGAACCACCCCCCACCCGUUCUCACGGCGACGGAAACCGAACGUUGUACAAUACGAGAUUUUUUUGUCCAUUGUCGUGUAUAAAUUCCGAAAAACACCGACGACAGUUGCAUGCAAAGAGUUGAUAUCGGAGAAAAAACAAAACAAAAUGCGACGGUAAACGUUCCAUAUUUUGCCUCUUUCCUCUUUAUCCUAUUAACUACGGAGACGACAUUAAGCUGCGUUUGGCUUCAGAAGAUCUUGCUGACCCGUCACGGCCAUACACACGCGUACACUCCGGGUGUAGACAAUCCGUCCUCCUCACUGCUUACAGAUCUGUCGCUGCUGUUUUCGAAGUCUAUUUUGGGAUCGCUGAGAUUGAUUUUUUUCAUUUAUAUUUGUACAGCUUAAGACGUUUUAAAAUGCAUGGACGAAAGACCCAUCACAAAGGGCGGCUUCUUUAACAACAAAAACAAAAACAAAAACAAAAAAAACGAUCACAUGUAAUGAAUAGUGGUUUUAACUAGAACAUUCUCUCAUGGCUAUUCUAAUAUUUUGAGUCAUCGAACAUCAUUAGACUGCUUUAAAAAUAUGUAAGAUAGAUGUUUUCAGAAACUACUCGUGAUAAAUGAUCUAAGUCCAUUCUUCUUUAAGUCUGUAUCAUAUCAGGUUGGAUAUCAGGAUGGGAGCCAGGAGGAAGUGGGAAGUAAACGGGAAGUGCUCAUUAACAAUCGUUCCAAGCCUGUUCACCGUGCCAUGGACCUCGGGUUCGAAUCCGUAGCUGUAAAUGACUUAUUUUUGACUUCGCCAAUUCCAUGUGUCUUUUCUUUCUUUCUUUCUUUCUUUCUUUCUUUCUUUCUUUCUUUCUUUCUUUCUUUCUUUCUUUCUUUCUUUCUUUCUUUCUUUCUCCAUAAUUUUGAACAAUUCUGAAUUCAUGUUUAAGUUUAUUUAUCUAACUUUUCUUUCAAUUACUUUUGUGUGUGUGUGUGUGUGUGUGUGUGUGUGAGAGAGAGAGAGAAUAUUUGGUUGCCUUUUCUCCAUGAUUGAGUUCCUGUAUUGUAGGUUGUAGGUGUGUCAAUGCUUGUAAUUACAGAUGCCUUAUGGUGCACAGCUUAGUGACUGCUUUACUCAUCACGAGCUCCUUCUUUUCACUCAUCCUUUAUGAAGAAAAAAAAACAUAUAUAUAAAUAUAUAUAUAUAUACGACAAUAAAAAAUGUUCAUUUUGGAAUUUUA